AUGGCGCAAACUCAACCUCAGCAGUUCUCUCAGUCGAUCUCCCCCCCGGUGUCGUCACCCUCUCCCGGCGCACCAUCUCCAAUGAAUGGCGGCAUCCCUCCCCCCCCCAAACGACAGCGUCUUUCUCCUCUCCCUCAAUCUCAGUCUCAGUCGCCGUAUGCAUCCCCCAGCUUUGGUACGCUGCAGAUCCCUCAGAGUCAACCACCCCCGAUGAAUGGAAUGAAUAUGAACGGUAUGGCUCAGACGCCUGCCCCACCACCACCUCCAGGCGCGAUGGGACCACCCUCACGGCCAGUUGAGAAGGCUACGGAUGCUGCUGAGUUGACAGACGUUCUUGCAUCUUCUGGUAUCGAUGUGAGAGAGGAGGAGGCUUUCCUUACGAGUAGCUAUUCGGCUCCUGGUGUUCAAGCGCAACAGCCCCCAAGACCUCCACAACCACCGCCACCCCAACAGCAGCCUCAAAUACCUCUCAACACCUCUUUCGCCUCACAAGCGUCUACCACCGGGACGAUUUCUUCCACGCCUAGUUUCAGUGAACCCUCACAUUAUAAACCACCCACCACCCAAGAUUCCUUUUAUACCGAACCGGCGACGCAGCCACCUGUCCCAUUCAAAGACCCUAACGAACCCACACGAGAAGAUACCGAGGCAGCUAGACGGGCCCAAUAUCAUUUACAAGAACCUUUCCUGUUAGCAAAAGUCUUGGAGCAAAGGUUGCAGAGACGCGGCUUUGAACUCGGCGUUCGCAUACCCGCAGAGGGAUUGUUUCAUCCUGUCCCCGGCCGUCCACAACCCAUCGAAGUCACCGGACCCGACGGAUCGUCCAUUGUGCGGACUGGGAAAACCAUUUUGAAUCAAGAGGGAGCUCCUUUAGUCGAUAUCUUGAAUUUGAUGUCAAUAUCCUGUGAAGAACGGUUGCGGUCGGUCGUCGAUUACUCGUCUACGCUCGCCCGGAGCCGACGAGCCCAUUCUCAUGGAAAAGUACCCGUGGAAUGGAAAGACCUGGCGGACGUGACUCGGUCUGCCAAUGUGGACGCGGAGAACCCUCAGACACCGCUCAAACGACCACAUUCGGCCGCGGAUCAACCCGCAGGGAAGUCCUUGACCGAGAAAUAUCGCCUGCUUAUGGAGAAAGAUGUAUCCAUCGAAGAGGCUCGUGCCGCCAAACGUGCGAAGCGUAGCGCCAACGCCAUCCUAGGAGACGGUCCCAUGGGCAGAGCCGGAUCUGUCGACGUACCUGGCUCUGGGGCAUCAACACCAAUCGUCGAAAAGACUCCUAUGCUGGACAAGAAGAGCAUUUCGAAAAAGGAGGCCCGAAGGAUGAUGGAUUCCAAGGCCAGCGAAGCCCAACAGCAUCAGCAGUCCGUAGAAACGGCACGGUUAGCUACCAACAGCAUGCUUUCUGGUCGCAUGUUCGGUGCGAAAAAGUCGUAUUCAUGGCUCAAUCGCGGCCCAGCUACGCCCAGUGGCUUUGCUACACCGCCGCGGGUCAAUACGGCCACUCCCACCCCUGGCACCGAAAAGGCCGGCCGUUCUGGGGAGCCCGCCCCGGCACCUUUGAAACGCCUUGGAAGCUGGCGAGAAGACCAGGAGAAAGGGGCUGGGAUCCAAGUUCGGGACAUCCUAUUCAUGCUCGAGUUGGAUGGACGGGGCACACGACAUGUGCAAAAGGCGUACUCCAAGGACAUCAAAGAAGACCGACUGGACUAG